AUUAUUUUUUUUCUACCCCUUAAAAUAAUUAAUUUCUCAAUUUAGCUCAGUGGAGAGAGAGUACCAGCGACCACCUUCUUCUUCACCCAGCGGAGAAGAUGAUCGCGUGCGUUGCGGUCGUUGGCCAUCAGAACAAUCCGCUCUACAUACAGAGCUUCACAGAGGCAGAUGAUGCCCUCAAGUUGCAUCACAUCGUUCACUGUUCCCUUGAUGUCGUUGAUGAGCGAGUGAACAAUCCGAAGAAGUCUGGGCCGACUCUGAAUGAGACAUUUUUGGGUCUGCUUUAUCCGACUGAAAACUAUAAAGUGUAUGGCUAUUUGACUAACACAAAGGUGAAGUUCAUCAUAGUUACCACUCAUUUAGAUGUCAGAGAUGCAGAUGUAAGAAAUUUCUUCAGGAGGUUCCAUGCUGCAUAUGUUGAUGCAGUGUCAAACCCGUUUCACGUUCCAGGUAAAAAGAUAACAUCAACGACUUUUGCAGAAAGAGUAAGCACCAUUGUCAAGUCAUUUGGGUUGAGCUCAGCUGGAUGAUUUGCCGCUGGAAGAUUCAAGCUUCAUGGAUAUUCCUUUAUUUGUAUUCAUUACCUUUGUUUUUAUCCCUCAGCGUUACCCAAAAAUCAAAGAGACCUAACAUCAUUUAUGGUGUCUUUCAAGAACUCAGAAUUGGAUCGUACCAAACAUAAAGCUAGUGAUAAUUGUCUUUCUGGCUUACUAGUUUUGCAAAUUGUAACUUGGGAGAACUUAAUACCUCUCGCUUCUAAAAUCAAUAUUUGGUAAUUUUAAUUGUAAUCCUAAGUUAAUGGCAUUAUCUA